UGUGAGCGGUCAGUAGCGGAAGUUCCGCUCCGUCGUGAACUGGGACAGCAAAGCGCACCUCUUACAGUGUAUGUGUGGCAACAACAUGUCUGUGCCGCUGCUCGCCGAGGCCGUGACGGUGUCCGGGAUGGAGAAGGAGACCGCGGCGGUGAUCUUCCUUCAUGGGCUGGGAGACUCGGGGCAUGGGUGGGCGGAGACUUUGACGGGGAUCCAGCUGCCUCACGUCAAGUUUAUCUGCCCCCACGCGCCUCCCAUUCCCGUUACACUCAACAUGAAGUCGAUGAUGCCCGCGUGGUUUGACCUCAUGGGCCUCAGCCCCGACUCCCCAGAGGACGAAUCUGGAAUCAAGAAGGCAGCAGAAAACAUCAAGGCCAUAAUCGAACACGAGGCCAAAAAUGGGAUCCCUCCAAACCGUAUCAUACUUGGCGGCUUCUCUCAGGGUGGGGCCUUGUCCUUGUACACUGCCUUGACCUGCCAGCACCAGCUGGCUGGUGUUGUGGCCCUCAGCUGCUGGCUUCCACUUCACAGGAGUUUCCCAUCGGCGUCAAGUGGCAACAAGAACAUCCCGAUCCUGCAGUGCCACGGCGAGAUGGACGUCAUGAUCCCCGUGCAGUUUGGUGCCAUGACAGCAGAAAAACUCAAAUCCAUAGUCAACCCUCAGAUGAUCACCUUUAAAACCUUCCCAGGGCUCCCUCACAGCUCCUGUCCUCAGGAGAUGGCGGCUGUAAAGGAAUUUAUCGAGAAGUAUUUGCCCCGGAUCUGACCUCACCUCAUCCCUACUGUGACCCCCUUUGAGACACUGACCUUUCACCCCUGAUCUGCCGUUCUCCUACAGGAAACAGCCAUGAGCACCCCCCCUUUCCACACGCAUCCACAAGACCGCAAACACACACAUAUUUAGUAACGAUGAUUUGAUUCUCACUGCUAAACCAACCAAAUGCUUCUCCUGCGAUCCAGCAGCACUCAUACUGUAAACAGAUCUGUCAAACUCACUGAUUUGAAGUGCUCGCACUCACACGUCUCAGCCUUCGGAGGGAGAAACACUGAAUACUCACACAAUAAGUUCCCUUUUGGUUUCAUUUUUAGAACCUCCGUCACCUCAAUCCCAGUUUUUUUCCUCCCAUUUUUCCAUCAUUUAGGUUUUUUUUUUUAUCCAGUCGUUGCUUCACUUUCCCUUCUGGCAUUGCUGUUUACUUUGUAAACCAUUAAAAUCAUCAAUAAGACCACGCCAGAUACGCAGGUUUCCACUUGCCUGCACAGCGCUGUUUUAAGGUGCAGUCAGACCAAAUUACACACAGGUACAGUCGUGAAACUUUCUCUUAAGGUGCAUGAUGUUAGAAAAGAAAGAGCGUGGAUUUGGCUUCUCAUUCAGUCUUGGGUUAAGACUGUGGCAUAAAAGUUUGGUGCACCAACAUAAGCAGUAAAAACACAAAGAACAUGCUGGCUAAUGUACAAGCUUGGGGAUGGCCUGCCAUGUCAGCCCCCUUUAUUUAUGCUUACAAUCCCACCUGUGCUAUUUCCUGAACCCUUCUGCUAUCUGGUCUGACUGCAGCUUCACUCCAGUGCAGAGUGUGACUCGGGUACAGUGAGCAGCAACCCAUCCAUUCCAGUCAUGGCUGCGGCCUGUCCGGGUCUGGCUUCGUUAACGGUGGUGGCGGCGGCUCCAAAAUCGUUCACGUGAGCCCCGCGCUUCUUUUUUUAAAUGAGUGUGAUCACAUAGCAUGGAAGUACACGAUGGAGAAAUAAAACUAUUCAGUGGAUACUUGUGCUCCCCUGUGCUGUUUCUUUCACAGCGUGCACGCCUGCAUGUUGGUUAUCUUUCUGUGAGCCUGUAUGUGAAAGUACCUCAGUUCAUUAAAGGUGAGCGAUCAGUGUGAUGGCUGCAGACCUGCACAGACUGCACACCGUGACUCAUUUCACUCCACCUUCGUUCUCCCAUUCGAGUGUUUCAGCAGCAGUCGCCUCACGGACCGCCUCCUCCUCCUCAUGAAUCCCUGUUGAUUUCCAGUAUUUGUUUGCUUUAAGCCUCCGCUAGAACGUGCUUCCUCCACAUUUUCUUCCAUCACACCAAAGCAGUCCUGCUCCCUCCUUUGGCUCCCCGCUAAUAAAAAAAAAAAGGUCAGCAACACUAUUAUACUUCACUUCUUUAGAAAAAAAAUGGCUAUUCAAAGGGAGUGCUGUGGCGAGAAGCUGUUCCAACGUAACCGAAGGGUGAUUAAAAAAAAUUUUAAAAGUUAAUCUUGAACAACUUGUGAUCCUUGGACAUAGGAGUGUAACUCUGCGGAGUCAUGUGUGUGUGCUUAAACAUAAAUAUAUCAGGUGUUUUACAUUAUUUUUCCUUUGUGAAUGUUGAUUUUUGCUCCUCCUGGUUUCCUGUUCUGUUAUGUUGUUGUUUCCGACCUGAUUUUAAAACAAACAAACAAAAAAAACAGUUGAGGAGGAGGAAAGACUGUUUUUGAUUGUUGUUCACAACUUGAUGAAUGUGUCUCAUCUCCUCGACCCCUUUUGUAUUUUUCUCUGAUGCAGCCGUUUCUCUGCUCUUUGGUAUGUUUACCAUUUUUCUUUCAUCAUUCCACUGGUUCCUGCCGUCUCGUGUGGUUUCUCCUGGAUUUUGUAUAUUGUGAUUUUUUUUUUUUUUUUUGGAUCUUUUUUUAAUGUGGUUUUUUCACUGUUGUCAUCUCAUCCUUUAUUUUGUGUCAGUUUGUAAUAAUGAGCAUUAAGAAAACGUGUCGAGGUGAGGCUGAGGUCGUCUCUCCUCUUUUUGUUUUUUCCUUUCUAAAACACCUGUACGCAUAAUAAUAAAAAAGAAAAGUCAGUCUGA